AUAAAUAAUUCUCGAAUAACAAUUUUUGCAUAACUAGUACCUGAAUCAAACGAUCUCUUAAUAACAUCAAUAACUUACCAUACUAGUAGGAAUCCCUUGUGGUUAUAAUAUCAAAAUUCAAUUUACCGCUUACGAAAAAUUUGAUACAUAGAGUUACUUUUUAUCUCAAUACAAUUUAACCUAUUAUAACAAAGUAUCCCUCUAAUAUUUGAAUUACGAAAAACUUGAUACGUAGAGUUGCUUCUUAUCUUAUCUUAGUUAGGAUAAAAACUUUAAUUUUUUUUAGAGUGAGAAAAAUUAAAGGUAAUUAUUAAAAGAAGGAAAAAUUCCAAUUAAAUCCACAAAUCUUAAUCCUAAUCCCCCCACGUUGGAUUUGCCUGGAUUUAAUGUCAACUCUCUAAAAACUGACCUUUUCAUUUCAUACUUGUUUUAGAAAUUCAUUAAUUUAAUUUCUUUUUUUGCUCUCCUAUAAAACUUCUAGACUUGUUGUUCUAACAUAUAAUUCGAAACUUUAGUGCAAACAAUAUCUCAACAAAUGAAGUUGGUUUGGUCUCCUGAGAAAGCAUCUAAAGCUUACCUUGAUACUGUUAAAUCUUGUGGGUUAUUGCAAGAAUCCACCGAAGCAGAGCUAAUAUCAGCCAUGGCUGCAGGAUGGAACGCACAAAUGAUCGUAGAGACAUGGUCUCGAGGCGGGGCUACAUCAACCAGCAUUGGUCUUUCUAAUGCAAUUCAACAAACAGGUGGUAGGCAUAUUUGCAUAGUCCCAAAUGAAGAUACAAAAACAGAGUAUAAAUCAACUAUAGAGAAAAUCACCGGAAUGUCACCGGAAAUUGUUAUUGGUGAGGCGGAGGAAACAUUGGAGACGUUAACAGGGAUCGAUUUUCUGGUUGUGGAUUGUGAAAGAAAUGAUUUUUCGACGAUUUUGAAGGUGGUUGCAUUAGGAAACAGGGGAGCGGUUUUGGUAUGUAAAAAUGUGAGUUCAAGAGCUGUUACAGAUUUCAGAUGGAGGAGUGUACUUGACGAAAAAUCAAGAAUCGUUCGGUCAGUUUUUUUACCCGUCGGAAAAGGAUUAGAUAUUGCUCACGUAGGGGCUGUCUCCACCGGAAAGAGUGUCUCUGGUGGGAAGAUGGAAAAGAAAUGGAUUAGAAGGUUUGAUAGAGAAUCUGGUGAAGAGUUUGUGAUUCGGAAGUGAAUUUAGGUGAGCUGUCUAAACCUCGACUAAUUCUUCAGGUACCUGUUAUGUACAGAUAUCGACUAACUCUAUCACCAAGACAUGGUCAGAUUUGAGAAAAAAACAACAUAGUGAAAUUCUUUGGUAUUUGUUUGUUAGAUUUCUUCUCUUUUUUGGGGCAUUUUUGGGUUAUGUACAUUAGAUCAUCACAAAGUUGAAUAUUUGGUUUGCCAGUUGGGUUUAUGCUGGUGUGAUUUUGUUGUAUAUUGUUUGAUAGCAUUUGAAACAAAAAGAAAAGUAGAAGAUUGAAUUGAUGUGCCAUGAAA